AUGUCUAAAGAAUGGACUGAGGCUGUGAGAAUAUCAAUUAAUGGUCAUAUUGACUUAGCAGCACCUCCAAGUCCUUGCCUCCGAGUACAAACUUUGCUUAUUAGGGAUAGCAACGGAAGUGCAUUACCGACCAAAUUUUUGCAAUUUAUGAAUGCUUUGGGAAUUUUGGAUUUGUCAAAAAAUAGGAGGUUAGAUGAGUUACCUAGUGGCAUCGGUUCAUUAAUCAAUCUGCAUUAUCUUAAUCUCUCCUUUACAAACAUAAAGCAACUGCCACUUGAAUCGAAGAAUUUGGAAAAUCUGGUGGUUUUGCUUGUGGAUUAUACUGGAAAACUUCAAAUUAUACCUAAGGAAGUGAUAUCAAGUUUUUCAUCAUUGCAAGUAUUUAGCAAGUUAGCAAUGAAACCUUCAAUGACGCAACCUUGUUACAAGAGUUGGAAUGCAUUGACUGCGUUUGAAGGGAUUCUCAAGAUACCAGUUCCAAUUUCGUUCAGGAUGGUACACUUGGAGGAACUUAUUGCAGAAAAUUGUAAACAUCUCCAAUUUGAAACUGAAGAUAGCCAGUACUAUGUCUUGAACAUUCGUGGACUAUGGAUUUGGCGUUGUUCCACACUUGAUAAUUUGCGAUGGCUCAUUUUUCCUCGGAGACUUGAAACUCUUGAUGUGCGUAGCUGUGCAUCAUUGCUUCACGUUAUAGGCAACGAUUUCGAAGAUCUACCAUGGCUACUGCGCAUUUGCCCUCGAGUCUUACGAUUUCCAACUCUUGAGGAUGUGCUUGUCAUUGAUUGCCCAAAUUUACUAAAGCUUCCGGUUGAUCCACACAGUGCGAGAAGGUUAAGAGAAAUAAAAAGUAGAAACUGGUGGGAGCAGCUGCAUUGGGAACCGGAGGAUAUAGUCUUCAGAGAUGCUUUGGCUUUGAAAUUCCAAGAUGAUUGCCCAAAUCUAGGCAGACUAACAUUCGAUUCUGACAGUGCAAAGAAUCUAAACGAAAUAGAAGAACAGAGAAGCUGGUGGAAUAAGUCGCAGUCGAAGGGCAAAGAAACAGAGGACACUUUCUCCCAGAAAUAUCUAAAAAAUGGAACUCAAACAAACAAGAAUGGGCAAAAAAUAGUGUUCAAUGAGAACGUGCUUGAAAUAGAGGCCAGAAGAAGAGUCCUACAGAUUGUAGCCAAUUUUUCAGGUGUGGACUACAUAGGUAUAGAAAAGGAUAAAAGCCGGAUAAGCGUUCAAGCUGGGCAAACUGAAGAAAAGAAGGUGGGCUAUGCAAAGCGUGCAAACUGA